AUGAGAAUCAUCAUCGUCGGCGCUGGCGUCUCAGGCCUAUCCACAUAUCUCCUCCUCGAAAAACUUCUCCCACCAAUUCUCGGCAAAACUACCAGAAAAUUAGAAUUCCUCAUUUACGACUCCCACAUCUCCAUACCAGCGGGAGCAGGAUCAGGAGCAGGGCCCAUUGGUAACACUUCCAUCCUCCCUCCAACCAGCAUCAAGAUUCUACAACAAAUCGAUCCUGAACUGUAUACGUUGUUCAAAUCACAAGGAUUCGAGAACCAUGCUUUUACAAUUCGAUCUGCGAGGGGAUAUACUCUUGCAAAGCUGCCUACAACAACAACAACAACAGCCACAACAGCAACAGUCGAUCAGAAAGAGGAAUAUGCCAUCUCAUGCCCUCAUGCCGUCCUCAAAGAAUGUCUACGAGAAAUUGUCGGAAGGCGAGAGCAGCCGAUUCUCCACGGCAAAGUCAUCGAUGUAGAGUUGGGAGGAGGAAAAUCUCCAGAUGGAAAUCAGAAACCGCGAGUCAAAUUCUCCGACGGCCGUCCCUCCGUCGAAGCAGAUUUGGUCAUUGGUGCAGAUGGCGUCCACAGUGUGGUGAAACGAGCAGUGUUUGGUCAAGAGGCUGAUGAAAAGCACUAUGCACCGGAAUUUGAGGGUUUCGGCGGCGUCGGCUCUUUCAUCAAGAUGGACAACAGUAAGGAGAAGAAGAAGGAUGAGGAGAGCGUGCCAGAUAUUAUCGCGAAGCAGAAGAGUGCGGUAGUCACAUUCGGGCCUACAGGCUCUUUCGGCUAUGCUGCUGUAUCGCCCCUUUCAGCAUGCACAACGCUGGGAUGGUGGUCCAACUGGCCAUCAGAAGAAAUCCCUUCCCCUGAAUCCACCGACGCGGCUCAAGUACAAAAACAGUUGGAGCAGCGGCAUGGAACUUGGAAGGACCCGAUAAUCCAGAAAUGUAUCUCUGCUUCCAACACAUCAUCAGUCUAUCCGUUGUGGACAACGCCAAAGUUACCACACUGGGGCAAAGGAGGGUGUGUUUUGCUCGGAGAUGCUGCUCAUACGUUACAAGCGACCAGUGGACAGGGAGCAGCACAAGCCCUUGAAGAUAGUGUGACUUUCUCCCUUCUCCUGACUCACUACCUUUCGGAAUCAUUGCAAGAAGAGGAGACUUCACUUGAUGAUUUUGAUGAUGAUGAUGACCAAAGAUCCACCUCCUCCCACGCCCUCGCCCAAAGCAUCGAUUCCGCCACCAAAGCUCUCUAUGAGCUUCGACACGAACGAGUAGCCAAUAUCAAGACACAAACGCGGAAUCUAUAUUUCGGCAGACGCAAGAUUACUACUCUGUGGUGGGAGUAUACAUAUUAUUGCUUCUUAUUCCUCGUGACAAACUUUCCUCGCAUCGGUAAGUGA